AUGGGAUCUCUUGGCCCCCUUAUCGACGAGCCUAUCGUCUCAGAGAACUCUCUGUUCUACCAGAGCGUCUACCCUUCUGCAGCACCGACUGUUGAAUCUGCUGAUGGUCUUUACUUCACACUGAAGAAUGGUCAAAAGAUCAUUGACUCUACAGGCGGAGCUGCUGUCUCUGCCAUCGGCCACAACAAUGCAAGAGUCAAAAACUCCAUCAUCAAGCAGCUGAACAAGUUCACAUAUGCUCAUCCUGGCUACUUCCAGAAUAGCCCUUCUCAUGAACUUGCCGACAUCCUCGUUCAGUCUACUGGGGGCGAAUUGUCGAGAGCAUGCUUCCUUGGCUCCGGCUCUGAGGCCGUCGAAGCAGCCAUGAAACUUGCUCGGCAAUACUUCCUUGAGAAAGACCCUGGUGCUCCUCGUUCCCACUUCAUAGCUAGACAGAGUUCCUGGCAUGGAUGUACCAUGGGUGCCUUGGCUGUCGGGGACCUGAAAGCCCGAAAGGAGCCGUUCCUUGAUGUCCUUGCCAACAAUGUUAGCCACGUUUCUCCUUGCCACCCAUACAGAGAUCUUGAAGAUGGCGAGACUGAGGAGCAGUAUGUCAUCAGACUUGCUCAAGAACUGGAUGAUGAGUUUCAGCGGAUUGGCCCCGAGAACGUUUGUGCCUUCAUCUUAGAGCCCAUGGUUGGAACUGCUUUGGGUUGUGUUACUGCUCUCCCUGGAUACCUGGCUGCCAUGAAGGCUGUCUGUCAUCGCCAUGGAGCACUCAUCAUCUUCGAUGAGGUUAUGUGCGGUCUCGGACGAACUGGACACAUGCAUGCCUGGCAAUACGAUGGCGUCGUUCCUGAUAUCCAGGCUGUUGGCAAGGGGUUGGCUGCAGGCUACGGUACCAUCUCAGCGCUUCUCAUCCACGACCGCGUUAUUGAAGGUCUGAAACAAGGCAGCGCAUCCUUCCAACACGGUCAGACCUAUCAGUGCCAUCCUCUUAACGUAGUCGCCGCUCUCGAGGUGCAGCGCAUCAUCCGAGAUGAUGACCUCGUCCGCAAUGCUCGCUUGAUGGGUUUUCUUCUUGGACAUCUACUCCACCGAGCCUUUGACAACCACCCUAACGUUGGUCAAGUUCGUGGCCGUGGGAUGUUCUGGUGUAUCGAGUUUGUCGCUGACAAGACCACCAAGCGGCCAUUGGACCCGAAGCUGAACCUCGCUCGCCGAAUGCGACUCCGUGGUCUUGAGAAGGGCUACGACGUAUGUCUCUUCUCAUCCACUGGAUGUGCUGAUGGCUGGAAUGGUGAUCACUUUUUGCUGGCUCCUCCUUUUACUGUCACGCCCCGUGAUGUCGAGGAGAUUGUGUACCGUGCAUCUCGUGUUGUUGACAGUGUUUUUGAUGAGGUUAGAGCAAAGGGUGAGAUCUUAGUCUAG